AUGGCCGCAUCAACCAAGUUUGUUUUCCCACCAACCGACGGCUCUGUUCCCCCUUCCUCUAUUAGCGAUUUUCAUCUUGAGCAUAACCCUAGUCAUGUGUUUGCUAUCCUAUAUGACAUCAAUAACUCCUCUCAGACCAACGUCACGCACGAACAACUUGCCUGUGCAGUUCAUCGUGCUGCCCAUAUCUUGAACCCUAACGGCGCUAUUCCUCAAGGAACUAACAUUGGGUUACUGCUUUCUACCCAUGCAAUUCAGUACGCUGUAACGAUCUUGGGGGCUAUAAGAGCGGGAUUAGUCCCAUUUCCUAUAUCGCCACGAACACACGUCUCUGGCAUUGCCCAUCUUCUGAAAUCCACUCAAACGGCACUAGUAGUUGCCGGGGGUUCUCAGGCCGUCGAUGACAUUAUACCUCAGCUUUCCAAUAGCUUGGCGGAAGUCGACUCCCCAGUUCAAUUUAUAGACCUUCCGUCGUUAGAUCAAGUCUUACCCGAUCUCGGAAAGGCUAAGCGAGAGCCUGCACACAAGCCCUUUCCUCCUCUGAAAGCUAUUUCAGGUGAUGCCAUCAUUAGCAUUUUACAUAGCACUGGUUCAACAGGCAUGCCAAAACCCAUCAAUAUUCACCUCGAAGGCUUAUUCAAAAACUCAAUUACACAACCAAUUGGGCGGACGUAUGCGCAAGAAGGAGCUCGAAGUGGAACUAUGGCCCUCCCUACAUUCCACGGGACGGGCAUGUUUCUUCAAACCUUCAUACCACUUUACACGGGGUGCACCCAAGUGUUGUUUGCUCCGAGUCAUGUUCCCGUAGUCCCAACAUCAAAUUUAACAAUAAAAGUGGCCGCCGCCACAAGAUGCUCACAUAUGCUAUGUAUGCCAGCAUUCCUGGAGGAGUGGUCUCAAGAUGAAACAGCUAUAGCAUAUCUGCGCCAGAUGAAGAGUAUUAUAUUCGCAGGAGGACCUUUAGCUGAAGCGACAGGCAAUAAACUAGCUGAACAAGGUGUUCGCUUCCGCUCUUGCUACGGUACGACCGAGCUUGGCGGCAUAACAGAAGUAGAUGAAGUAGGUGAAGUAGGCGAAGCUAGUGAUCGGAAUUACGUGCGGUUCUCGCCACGGGUGGAUGUGCGAUUUAUCCCACAAAAUAAUGGGGACAAUUUGUUUGAACUCGCGUUUGUGGUGUCGGAUAACCAUAAACCUUUUGUGAUCAACUUCGAGAUUGAUGGAAGGCCAGCAUAUAGAACCAAGGAUCUCGUUGUUCGUCAUCCCUAUAGGCCGGAUUUAUGGAAACUGGUUGGACGUCUUGACGACCAAAUUAUCCUUCUCAACGGCGAAAAAACCAAUCCGGGCCCCAUGGGCAAGUGCCCCAUCGUGCUUUCCGCGAUCAUGUUUGGGCGAGAGCGGAGCCAAACUGGAGUUUUGAUCGAACUGGAAGAAAGUGUUAGUUCUAUGUAUGCUACUCAGGAAGGGCGACUAAAAGCAAUCGACGAGGUUUGGCCGUUUAUUGAACGGGCUAACCAGACGUCAGCUACUCAUUCUCGUCUUGAGAGACGGACAAUAAUUUUGGUAGACCCUACCCAUCCUCUUCCACGCACAGUUAAGGAAGGUGUUUCCCGCCCUGGUGCUCUCAAGCUAUAUGCGAGCGUUAUCGAAGAAAUGUACCUGGGUCUAGAGAAAAACUUUGGUGCGGCCGAUGGCAUUAAGCCUCCUCGAUCAUGGGAUAGUACCAAAGAUAUUGAAGUUUGGGUUACUCAGGAGAUUCAAAAUCUUUUGGGUCGGCAAGUCGACGUAUGUGGAGAUUUAUUUCAGCAAGGAAUGGAUAGUCUCACAGCCACCAUGCUUCUUCGUCUGCUCAAAGAUACUCUGAACGCAUCACCCGAUUUCCAUAUUCGAUCUGCGGCGACAAAAGUCAACCAGCAAACCAUCUUCGGAAACCCCACUAUCACACAACUUGUCCAGGUACUUGUCCAGCUCUCCACUUGCAACAAUACUACUGUCAUCGAUCCUGUUGCGGGAGCACUUCGAAAGAUUCAUGCUAUGAUCGAAAAGUAUAAAGCCGACUGGCCUACCCAAGAGGCCCGUAAUAUUCAACCGGUGAAGAAAGAGCGUGUGGUUGUGACUGGUACUACUGGAGGCCUUGGAUCUCAUUUGCUUGCGCAGCUGCUGGAGAAUGAAAAGGUCGAGAAAGUAUGGGCGAUGAAUCGCAAAUCAAGCAAGAACAAUAGAGACAGGGAGCUCAGCUCCUUUGAAGACAAGCUUUUGGACGUGAAUUUGCUAAAGAGCGAGAAAUUGGUAUUUGUUGAUACCGAUCUUGAGGAUCCCAAGCUUGCCCUACCCAAUGAAAUAUACGAUGAGAUCCGGAGAGAGGCUACGAUUAUAAUUCACAAUGCUUGGCAAGUUAACUUCAACCUCGGCCUCCAGUCCUUCGAGCCAAGCAUUUGUGGAGCCCGAAACCUUCUCGACCUUGCCUUUCAAUCUACGGCCCCCACAGGCCUCCCACGAUUUAUAUUUACUUCAUCUGUUUCCGUAGCCGGCUUUGCCGUUCCCGGAAGGUGGCUAAGCGAGAUUUCAGUUACCCCGGAGAUGGCUUCGACUAGUAUUGGAUAUGGACAAAGCAAGCUAGUGGCUGAAAAGCUCCUUGAAUCAGCUAGAGACUCUGGCCUCGAAAGCUGCAGUAUUCGACUUGGACAGCUUGUCGGGGAUGUCAAGAGUGGUGCAUGGUCAACAACAGAUUGGGUCCCUUCGCUCAUCGCCUCUUCCGUUUCAAUAGGUAGCCUGCCGAGGGCCGUCGGGACUGUCUCGUGGCUUCCACUUGAUGUGGCUGCCCGUUCAAUUAUCGAUACAUGUGUUAACAGGAACAAAGUCCUACCUCAAGUGAUGCACACCUCACACCCUCGACCUGUACCUUGGGUGGAUAUCAUGAAUGCACUCUCGGCAUCGCUCGUGCCUCUCGUGAACUCUCAACUGCCUAUCGUGGGCUUCGAAGAAUGGAAUAAGCGUGUAGCCGAAGCUGCAGAAUCGUUCAAAGGAUCCGAAAGUGAUCGAUACAAGCGAUUCCCAAGCACCAAAAUCCAAAGCACUAUUGACGGUAUGGUGCUCGCCGACAAGGAGCUUCAGUCUCACGAUGGGGUGGAGCAUGUAGAGUCGUGUGGAACUGUGCGGCUGAAUACCAAGGUAGCCGAAGAGUUUAGUCGGGUUUUAGAAACCACACCGCAGCUUGGAGAUGAGCAUGUUCAGAAGUGGAUCAGCUAUUGGGGAACUAAAGGGCUAUUUGUUCAGUAA